AUGAUAGAUUUUGGUUUAUCACUAAUGGCAUCUAUCAUUGUUAUCAAAACAAUUCUCGAAUUUUGGUCUCAUUUUGGUUGCUUUCAUAGGAAGAAACAAACUGCAAUCAUUUCAUUCAUUAUAAGCAUUAUUUUAUUUGAUAAUUUUGCACAAGCAAUUUUUGGUCAAAUUAUUACUGAUACAAUUAGUCGUUCCGCAAUAAACAAUCCCACUGAUUCCGCAAUAAAUAAUCCCAAACGUUCCGCAAUAAAUGGUCAUCGUUUACCAUUUAAUAUUCUUGUCGUGUUACCUGAAAGUGAAUCAAACAAUGAUAAUUUUGGAAUUACUAUGCCAAAAGCACGACCAGUAAUUGAUAUUAGUGUAAUGGAUGCAAUUCGAUCCGGUAAGAUAGGUGCAGAUUUUUUAAAUUUCACUUAUCAUGAUUCGAAAUUCUCAGAAAAUGCAAAUUUAGCGGAACGUUUUGCAACACUUGGUGUUGUAACAGCAUACUGUUCACAUCGUUUGGAUGCAAUUCUUGGUUUUGCUGAUAGCUAUAGUCUUGCAACCACAUCAAAAAUUACCGCUGCAUUUGGAAAUGGUGUACCGGUAAUUACUACCGCCGGAAUGGUAUCAAAUCUUGGUGAUCGGCAAACAUAUCCAUUUCUUACUCGAAUGCAAGGUAGCUAUCGACAAAUGGCUGAUAGUAUGUACAAAUUAAUCGCAUAUCGUGAAGAAUUCGAAAAAGAUGCAACAUCACCACCACCAUCAUCAUCAUCAUCAUCAUCAUCAUCAUCAGAUAAGAGUAACAGAAGAUCUACGUCAAAUUCAAAUUCUAAUUCUCGAUUACAUAGCAGCAUACAAAAUCGUUUACCAGUUCCAGAAUCACGCUUAUCAUUAGGUUAUCAAAAUCUUGUACUCAUGUAUCAUGAUAAACGUCGUGCUAUAAAUCGACCAAGAUUAGCUGAUGGUGAAGUAAUGGUUGUGGAAAGUGUCUCCAGUCAUUGUUAUUUUACACUCUAUGCUAUCAAAAAUUUUUUCACCGAAAAAAGUGCUUAUUUCAAGGAAGCAUGGAAAAUUCAAACUCCAUCAUUAGCUUUUGAUGAAGAAAUUGCACGAAUUCCAGGUGAAAUUGAAAGUUGGCUGAAAAUUGUUUCCGAACUUGCAAAUGUGAUAAUAUUAUGUGCUUCACCAAAUACUGUUCGAGAAAUUAUGCUUGCUGCAUAUGAUUUAGGUAUGGCAACAUCCGGUGAAUAUGUUUUCAUCAAUAUUGAUGUUUCUACUGGAUCACAUGCAGAACGUCCAUGGCUACGAUCAAAUGAUACAACAACAUCGAUGGAAAAUGAAAAAGCAAAAAAAGCAUAUCAAGCAUUAAAAACAAUUUCAUUAAGACGUAGUGAUUUAGAUGAAUAUAAAGAUUUUGAAUCACGUGUAAAAGAACGUGCCGAAAAAAGAUACAAUUAUUCGGCUAAAACGGGUAAAGAAUAUGAGAUGAAUAAUUUUAUUAGUGCAUUUUAUGAUGCACUUUUGCUUUAUGCAAUAGCAUUAAAUGAAACACUCAGUGAAGGUUUGGAUCCACGCAAUGGAUAUAAUAUAACAAGUAAAAUGUGGAGUCGAACUUUUGUUGGUAUUACAGGUAAUGUUUCAAUAGAUGAGAAUGGUGAUCGUUAUUCGGAUUAUUCAUUACUUGAUCUGGAUCCACAACAAGAUAAAUUUGUUGAGGUGGCAUAUUAUUCAGGUGCAUCAAAUGAAUUAAAACAGGUGACAGAAUUUCAUUGGGUUGGUGGUAGGCCACCAAAAGAUUCACCAAUAUGUGGUUGGGAUCAUUCAAAAUGUCCUGAAGGUUAUCCAUUUUAUGUAUAUCUGCUCAGUGGUUCAACUAUUUUCAUCUUAAUUCUCAUGUCUGGUUUCAUCUAUUUUUGGAGAAGAUAUCGUUUGGAAGCUGAAUUAGCUGCAAUGUCAUGGAAGAUUCGUUGGGAGGAUUUAGAUGGUGAUGAAUUAAAAAAAGAUAAAAAGAAGAGUAGACGAGUACGACGAUUACAUGGUUUUAGUUUUGAAUCUGAAGCAUUACUUCGAUCUUAUAGUCGUACAUCAAAUGGCAGUGAAAAUUUGGAUGAGGACGAACGAGAAUUCAGCAUUGGUCGCUUUAGAUUGCGGAGUACCAGUUCUAAUGCAACUCGCAAAUUUUCGGCUUUGAUUGAUCGGAAAUUAAGUAUGUUUACUCGAAAGAAGAAUUCAAAUCAUCAAGAUUCAACGCAUAUGGUUCAAAAUCAUAUCAGCAAGGAUUUUGAUCAUAAAAUGGAUGCAAUAUCACGUUCUGGACAAUAUGCAACGAUCAGUGAAGGUAUCGAACCGAAAGAUUAUGAUCCGGCAGAGGGUGGCGAAAUACCAUCACCACUUUCUUCAAUUUCUAAUCCGAAACGAAAAUCACCCGGUGAAGAUGAUUUCGAUGUACACGCCAAAAAAAGUCUUUCGUUACGUAACCGGAAAUUAUCAUUUGCUGGACUUAGCAUUGGGAGUGGAGGUUCGGUGGAAACAAUACAAAUGCAAAAUAAUGUACAAAUUUAUACAAAAACUGCUAAUUAUAAGGGUACAAUAGUUGCUGUUAAAAAUUUGAAUAUUGAUCCAAAGAAAUAUCCGAAGUUAGAUUUAACUCGUUCUAUGUUAAUGGAAUUUAAACGAAUCAAAGAUUUACAGCACGAUCAUAUUACUAGAUUUACUGGAGCCUGUGUUGAUUGUCCACAUUAUUGUCUGGUGCAAGAGUAUUGUCCCAAAGGAUCUCUGGAAGAUAUUUUAGAAAAUGAAAAAAUUGAAUUAGACAAAAUGAUGAAGUAUUCAUUAUUGCAUGAUUUAGUUAAGGGUAUGUAUUUUUUGCAUAAUACAUUUGUUGGUUCUCAUGGUAAAUUGAAAUCAUCGAAUUGUGUUGUGGAUAGUCGAUUUGUGCUCAAAGUUACCGAUUUUGGUUUUCAUGAAUUGCAUGCUAUGGAAGAUGAAAGUACCGAUGAAAUUGGUGAACAUGCUUUUUACAAAAGGAAAUUAUGGACAGCACCAGAAAUAUUACGGAAUCCGAAUGCAUAUCGAGCAAAUGGUACAAAAACGGGUGAUGCAUAUAGUUUUGCUAUAAUAUUACAUGAAAUGUUAUUCCGUAAAGGUGCCUUCUAUAUGAGUGAUGAACCAUCACCAAAAGAAAUUUGUGAACGUGUACAAAGAGUACCAGCAUUUGAUGAGGAAUUGUAUAGGCCAGAAAUACCAGAAAGUGCCUUAAUUGAUGGUCAAAUUGAGCCAAACCUGAUUAAUUUGAUGGUCAGUUGCUGGGCUGAAGAAUUUCACGAACGUCCUGAUUUUGCUGUUAUUCGAAAAGUAGUUCGAUCAUUGAAUAAAAGUAACGAAACAUCUAAUGUUGUGGAUAAUUUAUUAAAACGUAUGGAACAAUAUGCAAAUAAUUUGGAAGGUUUAGUAGAAGAACGAACACAAGAAUAUCUUGCUGAGAAGCAAAAAGUUGAAGAUUUAUUGCAUCAAUUGUUACCACGUAGUGUUGCUGAUCAGUUAAUAAGUGGAUGUGCUGUGCAAGCAGAAGCAUUUGAAAGUGUUACAAUUUAUUUUUCCGAUAUUGUUGGCUUUACAGCACUGUCAUCAAUGUCAACACCAAUGCAGGUAGUAACUCUAUUGAACGAUUUAUACAUGGCAUUCGAUGGUGUUGUGGAUAAUUUCAAAGUAUACAAGGUAGAAACAAUUGGAGAUGCAUAUAUGGUUGUAUCUGGUCUACCUGAACGUCAUAAUCAUCAUGCUUCACAGAUUGCUCAGAUGUCAUUGGCUUUGUUGCAUAAAGUGAAAAAUUUUGUCAUUAGGCAUCGACCAAAUGAACAAUUGAAACUACGAAUUGGAAUUCAUUCUGGACCAGUGGUUGCUGGAGUGGUAGGAUGUAAAAUGCCACGAUAUUGUUUAUUUGGUGAUACAGUAAAUACGAGUAGUCGAAUGGAAAGUACUGGUUUGCCACUUCGUAUUCAUGUGAGUAGUCAUACAAAGACUAUCCUGAACAAAGAAGAUCCAGGAUUUCAAUUGGUACUUCGUGGUGAGAUAGAAAUGAAAGGUAAAGGAAAACAAAUAACCUACUGGUUAAAAGGUUACAAUGACAUUCGUAUUCCUGAUUUUGGACCGGAAUUUGAAUAA